GUCAAACAAUUAUUUAGUUAUAUAAGCACUUUUUGGUUUUGAAGAAUUGAAAUUAGGGUUUUUAAUCAGUGGAGAAAUUUGUUGACAUAUUUUUUUUGCUUGAUUUAUCUAGGGUUUGGUGAGAUCGUACUAGAAUCAACCCUAAUUGUGGUUUUUAUACUAUUCGGUUACAAUCAUAAGCAGAAGAAUACACGGUGUAUAUAGAAACUGAGGAUUGGAUUGUAUAGCUUUUAUUUAGAUUAGUUUAGGUAAGUUAAGUUAUUGGGAUUAAAGUCUUCUCAUUGAAUCUGCAGAGGGCAUUUUCAGAACUGCGGUCUAGAGGCUGAACUUUAACCUGCAAAAAGAGAUUUUGAGAAUUGCUUUUGAACACCGACGGAGUGGAACCUUGACAUAGAUACUAGAUGGUGAUAAGGAAGUGAAGAUUUCUUCAUCAAAAGGUGAUGUUAUCCCUUUUGGCCUCGUAGUAAUCACGGGAAGGAUCAGAUUUUAUUGGAACUUCUGCAUUUGUCGACAAAUCAUUACGGUUGAAACUUUGAUUAUUUGGCUUCAUUGAAGUUAGUUCAGUGUUUACAAUAGGAGAGUUGAGCAUUCUAGCCUUGAUUAUUUUGUCUUGGAGGUGAUUUUGGAUGAUCAUGAAGUGAUUUUCAAGCUGGAAAUGAUUGCGAGGACAUGGUGCAUGGACAGGGGCAUAGUUUCUGGUCUGUUCCUGUGUUGGAACAAAGGUAUAGAAAACUAGGAGAAACUUUUCAGUUGGUAGAAGGAUUCAGCUUUGCUGUUUUAAGGAUCACGUGCAAUGUCUCGCUGCUUUCCAUUCCCGCCUCCUGGAUAUGAAAAGAGUGCUAGAGUUGAAGAUACAGACUUGCUAGCAAAGGAAAAACACCAGGAGAAAAAACAUAAAAAGGAUAAGAAGGACAAGGAAAAGCAAGGAGGUAAAGAAAAAAAGAACAAAGAUAAAGAGAGAAGUAAAGAAAAACACAGCGAUAAGAAAGACCGAAAGGAGAAGCACAAAGACAAGAAGGACAGGGAUAAGGAUAAAGACAAGAACCGGAUCUCAGAUGCAAAGAGAAUUGAAGGGCAACCAGAGUGCUACAAUGGAGGGAAGAUUGGUCCGAACAGCCUCCAGAAUAACGGGAUCAAGGAUACUAAAUAUGUGCAGGAUUUGGCAAAGAGAAUUAGGAAUGAAGAUAAAGCAACAGGAAGCCAAAUUGUUCAGAAGAUUACUGUUACAGAUCAAAGAAGAGCAGAACUGCCAAGAAGGAUUCUGGAGUGCAGUACUGACAUAUUGGAAGAGAAAGAGAAAGCAAAGGAUAAGAAAGAAGUUGAUAAAAAAAUCAAUGGGCAAAAGAACCAUGUUGAGGCUAGAGGUUUCGGAAAUUCAAUUGCUCAAGGAUUCUCUGGUACUGAUCAAAAGAGAUUUCAAGGAAUCACUAAACCAGUGGAGAAGAAUGAUAUUGAGAAGCAGUUGGAGGAGAGAGAGAAGAAUAUGCGCAAAGAAAGUGAUAGUAAGGGUGAUAAACAGAAGGAUAGAGAUCGAAAGAAGAAAAGCAGAUCAAAAGACAAAAGCAGAGAUAAGGAAAAGAAAAAGGAGGAGAAAGCGAAGGAGAUAGUUGAGCCAAGUAAAGACCGGCUUAAAUUAAAAGACAGCCCAAAAUUGAAAGACAAUGGCAAGGGCCUCCCGAGUUCAUGCAAUAUUAGACCACCAGAUGUUUCAAAGACUAGCAACAACAAUCCUCCCGGUGAGGGAAGUCUUGGCAAACGUAAGGAGCUUGAGAUAAAUGGAAUUUCACAUGACAACGGAAUUUGGCCUAAUAAGUUGCCGAGACCUGUCUCGUCCUCUCACCUGGUCACAGAAAAUGGGAGGAAAAUGGAACCGUGCCAAACUGCUAUCCACUUUGCAUCUGAGUUUCAGGGGGCAGUUGGUAAUCAUAAAGUGAAUGCCAAGGAACACAAGAUUAAUGGUUUAAGGAACGUUUCACAUCCAAUUGUGUGCUCAACUAAGCCUUUGUCAACUAUUGAUCAAGGUAGUGAGCAUUGUGAAGCAUCUGCCAAACCACCACACCCUGAUUCCAAGUACCUGAAUCAGAUUCUUUCUAGUGUGGCCAAAGGUGUGCCCAAACUGGAGGAUUGGCCUGAUUUUGAUGACGAUGAAUGGCUGUUUUGCAGCGAUAGUGUGCAGUCAAAGCAGGCAAAAGUGGCUUCUCCCAGGGGUGAUGGGACACAACAAGUGUGGGCAGAAGUUCUGCCCAUAGAGUCUGCUGGUGUAACAGCUCUGCCAUAUGUCGUCCCCUUCUAA